CGCUCGAUAAUGCUCUUUAAUUCAUGUAACGCGGACAGAAAAUCAACCGGAAUGCGCGCAGAUUUGCACGGAGUCCACUGUGCUGAUUGUGGAGGAGCAGCAGGAAUGCGGAAGUGAGGUUCUCCGCCCGGGUUCUCCGCAGCGCGAAGCAAAUGGGCUGCGAUAUUCUUCAGUCGAGGAGUCACGGGAAACCUCUGGAAAAACACACACACUGCUCUGCGCCGUUUCAGUUCGCAACCACCGCACAGUAAGAAGAUCCCGCAAGGGGCUGGAGCUACAUGUGACAGACACACUUGUGUGAAUUAUUUAAUCUCUUAGCACCCCGCGUCACACGCCGACACGAACGACAUCCAGCAAAAAAAUAAUUACAAAUGGAGGCCUGGGAGUGAGCAUGCGUGUGCUGGGAAGCCAGGAGCUGCGCGCGCGGGCCGCAGUGGAGGCGACGCUGUGCUGAGCGAGCGGCCCGGAGAGCCAUGCGGCGCUGGGGGAGGAUCGGAGCAGGGAGCUCGCAGCGCACCUCACGUUUCGCAGAAACUUUAAUGCCCCACAGCGCAGGGCUCUAACAUGUCAACAGGCCAGGAGGUAAAAACUUAAGCCCACACUGUGUUAUGCGCUUUUACGCAAAGUCGCGACUUCUCUUGGUGCGUUAAGAGGCGUAACAGGCAGCUAAUUAGUUUUCAACUUUGCCAAUUUGAAGUUUAAUUGGCGUGAGAUAAAUCUACAAGUUAUAAGGCUGACGUCUUAAACAUUAUCUCGUUAUUAAUUCCACGGAAGGUAGACUGGUGUGUGAUCUGCGAUGAUCUGAUUUACGCCGGGGCCAAACCGCACAUGACCUGCCUGACUUUACACUGAUCUCCUUCUGGCCCCGAAAUGGCAUCGUUCCCCGAUUCCGACGUGCAGACGUGUCCGCUGUGUAAGGAGCUGUGUGGCUCCUCUGCUCCGAUCUCCUCCAGUUCAUCUACCUCCUCCUCGUCAUCGCAGACCUCCAACUCGUCUACUACCUCGUCCACACGAAGACUGCACGUCCUGCCGUGCCUGCACGCCUUCUGCAGGACGUGCCUGGAGAGCCUGAGGAGCAACGGAGACCCGCUCAAGCUCCGCUGCCCCACUUGCGACCAAAAAGUACCCAUGUCCGAGUCAGGUGUGGAUGCGCUGCCCUCGACCAACUUCCUGUUCAGCAACCUGCUGGACGUGGUGGUGUCCGCCGAGGAUCAGGGCAGCUGCUUAGGGACCGGGGGGCUCCUUCGUGCUCAGCACGCGCUCUCGGAGCCGCAGUGCAGCUCGUGCGAUGAAGGAAACGCCGCGAGCUCGCACUGCCUCGACUGUCAGGAGUACCUGUGCGACAACUGCGUGCGCGCGCACCAGCGCGUCCGUCUCACCAAAGACCACUUCAUCGAGAGCCUGGCGGAGAAACUGCACGUGCCGGCGCGCACCGGGGGCCACGGAACGCCGCUCAGCCUCUCCCAGGCGUUUCACAACUUCUCACUGCUUCCGGUUUUCCAGGACCGAAUGGACUACUGUCAGCAGCAUGACAACGCGGUGCUGCGUUUUUUCUGUGAGAGUUGCUCUGUGCCGAUCUGCAGGGAGUGCAGUAUCGGGAGACAUGUGGGCCACAGUGUGUCUUACCUGCAGGACGUACUGCAUGACUCCAGAGCACUCACCAUUCAGCUCCUCGCAGACGCACAGCAGGGACGACAGGCUGUGCAGCUAAGCAUUGAGAAAGUGCAAGCCAUCGCUGAGCAGGUGGAACUGAAGGCCAAGGUGGUGCAGUCAGAGGUGAAGACCACCACGCUGCGUCACAAGAAGGCCCUGGAGGAGCGCGAGUGUGAGCUGCUUUGGAAGUUGGAAAAGAUCCGCCAGGUGAAGGCCAAGUCCCUGUACCUUCAGGUAGAGAAGCUUCACCAGAACCUCACUAAGUUGGACAGCACCAUCGCCACAGUGACAAAGGUGCUGGAGGAAGGUCGCAACAUAGAUAUCUUACUAGCGCGUGAGCACAUGCUAAAUCAGCUGCAGGAGCUCAAGGCACUGCGCUGCAUUCUGCAGCCACAGGAGGAUGACCGCAUCAUGUUCACCCCUCCGGACCAGGCACUUCUGAUUGCCAUCCAGUCCAUGGGUCUGAUAAGCAGUGGAGCCUUCGCAUCAGCCACUAAAGCCCAUGGGGAAGGUCUCAAGAGAGCUCUGCAGGGAAAAUUAGCUUCUUUUACUGUAGUGGCAUAUGACCAUGACGGAGAACCACGAUUGUCUGGUGGAGAUGGUGUAUCAGUAGUACUGAUGAGUCCAGAGGGAACCCUCUCUAGUGCGGAUGUGUCUGACCACCAAGAUGGCACCUACACGGUUAGCUACCUGCCCAAGUCUGAGGGGGAGCAUCUUCUUUCUGUGCUUAUUUGCAACCAGCACAUUGAGGGAAGUCCCUUCAAAGUCAUGGUCAAAUCUGGCCGCAGCUAUGGAGGUAUCGGGCUGCCUGUUGCAUCCUUCGGUGGAGAGGGUGAUGGUGAUGGACAGCUGUGCCGACCCUGGGGCAUUUGUGUUGAUAAGGAAGGGUAUGUGAUCGUGGCUGACCGAAGCAACAAUCGCAUACAAAUCUUCAAGCCAUGUGGCACUUUUCAUCACAAGUUCGGCACUUUGGGCUCAAGACCUGGCCAGUUUGACCGACCUGCCGGGGUUGCCUGUGACAGCCAGAGAAGAAUCAUUGUGGCUGAUAAGGACAAUCACCGCAUUCAAAUCUUUACUUUUGAUGGCCAAUUCCUCCUCAAGUUUGGUGAAAAGGGAACUAAAAAUGGGCAGUUCAACUACCCUUGGGAUGUAGCUGUCAAUUCAGAAGGAAAGAUUCUAGUCUCAGACACGCGCAACCACCGAGUACAGCUGUUCGGCCCUGAUGGGGUUUUUAUCAACAAGUAUGGUUUCGAAGGUGCCCUCUGGAAGCAUUUCGACUCACCUCGAGGAGUCGCCUUCAACCAAGAAGGUCACCUAGUGGUGACUGAUUUCAACAAUCAUCGCCUGCUUGUCAUCAGGCCAGACUGCCAGUCUGCUCGCUUUCUUGGCUCUGAGGGUACAGGCAAUGGGCAGUUUUUGCGUCCGCAGGGCGUAGCCGUGGACCAGGAGGAUCGCAUUAUUGUGGCUGACUCCCGUAACCAUCGGAUUCAGGUGUUUGAACCCAAUGGCAACUUCUUAUGCAAGUUUGGGACUCAGGGUAGUGGCUUCGGGCAGAUGGAUCGCCCAUCAGGUAUAGCCGUUACCCCUGACGGAAUGAUUGUAGCCGUUGACUUUGGAAACAAUCGAAUCCUCUUUUUUUGAGCUGGUGUUCAAGAUUAGAACUAUAUAGUGGCUAAGGAGGGAAAAAUUAGGUACAUCGUUAUCAGGAGCAAACGUCUGAAUGUCGAAAAUGUGGCAGUAAUGUGUAGAUUCUUUUGUACUCAUCUAUAUCUAUUUAUCCUGAUUGUAGUAUGAUUUGCGCUGCUGGCGGAAGUGUUCAUCUCGUGCACACGCCAUUUAUCAAAGAGAAGGAGUAGAGCAAAAAGACUGGCUGCUGAUAGUGUUGCUAUUUUGCUCUUGAUCUAAGUCUCGAAAUCUUUUUGUUUGAUUUUUUCUCAGGGAAUUUCCAGCAUUCUUGAAACAUUUUUCUCUCUGCAUUAUACCUACCUCAUCUAGCUUGUGUAUGAAUGUAUUCUCUUGUGUGUGCAGCGUCUGUGAAGUUUUAUAAAGACGUCUACCUCAGUGCUUUUUUUUUUUUUUUUUUUUGAGGGGGGCGGGGUCAGAGAACAUAACAUUAGAAAUGAAGCAAUGUUUGGUUGAUAUUUGCACAGUUCGCACAAAUUUCUUCUGAUUGUUACUGUGCACAUAACACAGAUAGGACCCUGUUUUUUGGAGUCCUACCUGUCAGAAUGUUUGAUUAGAGUGAUGCAGUAGACCAGGGCUGGAUGUCAGCAAGAAAUAUUUGGAUAAUGUUUGGAUAAAUCUACUGUUUUGUGCUAUGUUUUUAAUCAGUUUUCAUUUAUUGUACCUCAUCUAAACUUCUUACCUCAUAACCUAAAUGUACCUCUGUGUACAAAUGCCUCAUUGUACAUACCUCACUUCGUGUUGAUUUCCUGUAAAGAUAUGUAAGUCUCCCAAAAUGCAUAAUGGGAUGGCUAGUAAGGCUUUUUUUCUGAAUUACUGGUAGGUCUGUUAAUGUAGAUUCAAGCCCAGAGUUUGAGCAAUGCAGGGAACUAAUUGCUCCCUUUCCUUAAAAAAAAUUUUAUAGAAGAAAAAAAAGAAAAAGGGCAAAAUAGUUCUGUGAAGAUUUAAAUAUUAUUUGGGACCUAGGAUUUGAAUAAUCUUAUUUUGGUUAUUUCUGUAUGUCUUUUUCCCCCCCUCAUCAUCUAGCACCAUUUAAGAUGAAGUGAUUAUCAGAAUAAUUGGUUGGCACAUUAGUGCGCUGACUGCCUUUUGCUGCAAGCUUGGAUGUAAUCCAAACCUUAUAGGAUGACUUUGAUAAAAAAGAAAGAAAGAAAGAAAAGUACUUUCUGAAUGUCUAAAAUCUAUUUAUUGGCCAAAAGUUGAGCUCUAAAAUUAAGAGCUGAUUUAGAUCUCCUGAAAGACCAUUUGCUCAGUUAGUGGAACACAGUUUGACAACAUGAUUAAUCAGCUGAGUGUGGUCUAAAAUAAGAGAUAUGUUUUUUGUUUAUUUGUGGGGGAAACCACUUUAAUGAUGUAAUGGUUGCCUGCUCACGGUGGUGUAGUGGUCAGCACUGUCGCCUUGCACCUCCAGGGUCCGGGUUUGAUUCCCGGCCAGGCUUAAUUCCCGUCUCUCUGUUCAUGGAGUUUGCAUGUUCUCCCCGUGCUUGGUGGGAUUCCACUGGGUACUCCAGUUUCCUCCCACAGUCCAAAGAUAUGCAGGUUAGGCUAAUUGGUGUUCUCAAAUUGCCCGUAGUCUGUAAAUGAGUGUGUGUGUGUAUGUGUGUGUGUGUCCUGAGAUAGAUUGGCACCCUUUCCAGGUUGUACCCUGCCUCGUGCCCUAAGCCUCCUGGGAUAGGCUCCAGGUCCCCGCGACCCUGAAUACAGGAUAAGGCGGUAUAGAAGAUGAGUGAGUGAGUGGUUGUUUGCUUCUCCUGUAUGUUAUCAAAAAGAAAGCAAUUGAAAGCAACAAAAAAAAGAUCAGCACUGACAUCCUGACAUGUUUAGCGUUUAUUAAACUGCAGUCUACAGAAAUCAUGUAAUGAAAACCCAUCUGAAACUAUGGUGAAAGUUUCGUUACAAGCCAGUGAAGAAUAAACAUUCUAGUACCGUAUCUACCAUAUCCUGGACAUAUUACCUUUCCAGGGCCUGAAUCCCAAAGCCGUUGUGUCAGGUGUUGAUCUGGAUGGGCAUUUUCUUUUAAGCUGCUCCUGCAGAUUAAAUUUAUGAGAGCUCUUUUUUUUUUUCUAAAUAUUUUACAUGUCUCGUGUAAAGACGAGUACAUUCACUAGAUAAAUGUUAUGUGGCUUUAAUUUAAUGUUACAGAGGCUCAGUGUGUGCAUUCCUUUUUACAGCAGAACAUUCUUAUUCAAACCGUAACACAACAAAAAAAGCACAGCAGCAUUUUAAAAAACACCUGGUCCCUCAUAAUAUGGUGUUAAACUGUUAGUAUUUUCUAUCUGUUUGCUCAGUCAGAUUUGUCUGCAGCCCAGGAGUCUACUCCUUGCCAAAUAUUAACCAUUGGAAAUGGUCAAGUGCCAAAACAAAGUGUGUCUGGGACACUGGCUCUUAAGCUGCUCUUCAGAUUGGUUUUCUAUCGAAUCAGAUCCUUAAUGCAACUUCAACUCUACAGACCACCAUUUAAACUGUAGAACUUAAAUAUGUAUUUCACCGACGUCAAAGUCUAACGUUAGCUGUACUGUUGUAUAUGAAGGGCCAUGUAUAGAAAGCAUCAUGAACCUAUUUGUGCAUUGGUCCAAAUGCAGUGAGAUCACUUUAAAACCUGAUACCAAAGUCACUGGAUGAAUUUCGGCCAGUGGCAAGUUACCAAAAAACAAGAAACAUAAAAUAAAUAAAUAAAAUCCUAUAGUCAGGUGCGAGGCCUGUUGUGGAACAUGGACAAUGUGAGCAUUGAGCAGUAAUGGGAGAAUUUGCUGCUUCAAAAUAUCACACUAAUUUCAGUAUUAAUAUAAACUGUUUUGAUUUGUGUUUGACGUUUAGCUGCAGCUCUGUCCCCAGAGAACCAAAGAAAUCUCUAUAAGAGAACAUUUGCAUGCUUUAAAAGCCCUUUGUAGGUAAUUUUAUUUGAAAUGAGGUGAUGAAGAAGCAGACACUUAUUAUUAUAUACCAAAAAAAAAAGUUCCUAUGUUUUGGUGGACAUCUUUGACUGCAAGUUUUUGAUUAGUUUUUGAUGGAUAGCUUUACAGAGCAAGGUACUUGAUUGUGCGUGAGUGUGUGAGAGCGAGAUAGUGAGAGACACUAGAAGAAAGGUUUAAAUUCAUAUGCCUUAACACUGCUGCAUUGUAUUUCAACUUUACUUUCCUCUUUUGGAAUUUAAUCAAACUGGAAACUGCCAAAGAGUUUGCUCAAUUGCUUUUUUAUUUUGUUUUGUUUUUUUAUUUGCUUUUUUUUUUUUUUUUACUUUCCCUUCUUUAAUCCCUCACUGACAAUGUCCUUACAGGUUUGAUAUAACAUUUACACUGAGCUACACUAAAAUUAAAUGUGGGUAGCAAUGUCCCAGUAGAGUUGAAAAAAGCAUUUGUGUUGAUUUGUGCUUGAGGAAAACCUUUUCAGUCAUACCGAGGAGCCAUCGUGCGUAGAAGUGCAGGACUCCAAUGAGCAACCACACAGAACUUGACCAUCUAUCAUCCUAUUAUUGUAUCUUCUAUGUGUGUUGUUUUUUUAAAAAUGGAAAAUAAAGUUUAUAUUAGGAGGUUAGUUAAGCUUGUAUGGUGCCAGAACAAUGCAGUAAAUGGGGUGCACAUGUCUAUAACUUAUUAAUUAGACUCAAAUAUUGCCCUUCAGAAUGUCUAAUCACAGCAUACUGUCUCAUUUUUGGACUUCUGGUCUGUGUCUCUACGGGUUUCCCACCAGUUGUGGUGUAUUCCAGCUUUCGAUCUGUUUCCCAGUCUUGAACAAGCAGAAGGAAUGUGUAAACAGUUCAGAAGUGCAUGGUCUUUUUUUAUGAUUGUAUUAUCUACGAAGAAAAAAAAUCCCAAAAACUCAGGUAGCUUUAUAGAGAUUUGAAUCAAAGUCAAUAUUUGUUUCUUACAAGUGGAUAGUAAAUCCUUUGUUAGUACUCCAUAGGAUUUAGUAUCUAUUUUUUGUGUGUUCUUUUUUUGUAUUUAUCUACAAAAAUAUCUUUGCUGUGUUUAAAUUCCACAGGAUCCUUUACAACCAAAUUUUACUAUUAAUUGUUAGACCUGGAUUGUUGAAAAUAACAUUCAGAAAAAUAGUCUAGUUAAAUCAGUCAAAUGGCACUAAUGCAACAAUGUUGAGAUAUUUUUUGAUUAGUGUGAGAUUACAUUGCUUACUGUAUUGAUAAAAGAUGUAUUUGAGAUGUUCAAUAUAUUACAAAUUAUAACAUUUUCUUAAUGCCAAGAAUCCAACCAUUUAUACUUUAGUUUCCAUUAUGCUUUCAUUACAGUUUACUAGAUCUUUUAUUUCCCUGAUCGCACAUUUGGCUAUGAGACAAAUGAAAAGGGACAUGCGGAGAGAUUGCUGUGUAAACUCAGAUCUGGCAUCAGUUUUGUCCUUCAAAAUCAAAUUAUAAGGGUAGGAUCAAACUUGUUGUCUUUUAGGUGAAUGUAACAUUUAAUAUCCUCCAAGAGGUCUCUUCCCCC